GUCAAAUCUGGAGCGCUUCUGCUCGGUGGAAAGCGCCUCCGUCAAUACGACCUUCACGCUAGUGCGAAGAGACGCAGCCAUGACGAGGCGGGGAGGGUCGGGGUGCCCGUCGAAGAGAAGAGCUCCACAAGGAAGGUGACGGCAUCUGCCCUCCGUGUGCCGUCUUCCUCCGCCCGUGCGAUGAGCAUCUGGUGGUCCGACAGGAUGAUAGGGUGGACGACGCCGCCCCACUCCCUCAGCAGAGCGGAAAGCAGGCCAAACUCGGCCCUGCCAAGGCCGCAUCCACCGCCCAGCCUGUCCACCGCGGCGACGAGCUGUCUGACCUGCGGCAGUGUCGACGAGAACCGGUAGCCGAGCUCCACAAGCCGCCUCAAGACCACGAGAGCCGUGUUGCCCGCCACGAGAGUCGUGUUGCCCGCAAGCCCCACGGCGAUGACUGAAUGCCCCGUCGCGUCUUGGAAGCACUGAAUGAAGCAGUCGAGCAGGGCGUGGGAGUGCACGACUUGGAGUAAAUCGCUCUGCCUCUGUUGCAGCGCCAUCACCAGCUGCCUCUGCUCGAUCGUGGCAUGAUCUCCGCGCGCCGUCAGGUAGACGCUGAGCAGGUCGAGAGGGCCCCGCCUCGCAAGGGCAUCUGGUGCGGCAAUGAAGGCGUCUACUGCCUCCGCCAACUUAUCCACAGUGACCCCGGCACCGGCAAGUGGGGAUCUCCUUCGGCUUCCGCUGCUCAUCCUCAACGAAACCAGGCCAAGGCACCCUGAGGCUCCCCACAGC